CCGCCUCGGGCCCCCGGGCCGAGUGGGCGGGCAAGACUGCGCCCAGGUCGCGAGGCGCCCUUCGACCAGCAGCGCCCGGGGCGGGUAUAAAUGGAGCGGUGGCUCCUCCAGCCGCCUCUCUCCGCCCCGGGUCGCCGCAGCUUCUGCUGCUUUUGGGCCCAGCAGCCUGAAGAAAAAAAGAGAAAAAGAUAAAAAAAAAACAAACCCGAAAACGCUUUAAAAUCUGAAAAAAAAGAAAAAGAAAGAGAGAAAGAAAAGGCGAAUCCUCCUCGGAGAAACCGCGGGGAAGUCACUUUUGCACGCUUCCGGCCUGCCCGCGCCCGCUGCCGCCGCUGCCGCCGCCACCCCACACCUGGUCGUCUGUCGGUCCCUGUCUGUCAGUCUGGUGGUGAGCUGCCCGCGUCCACGCGCCUCCGCUCCUGCCCUCCGUCCGCGCCGCGUGGCAGCCCCGCGCCCCCGCCCCCCGCGCGCCAACCUCCCCGCGCACCACGUGUCCGUGCUGCCCUUCGCGGCCCGGCGUGGAGGCGGCUGCGCGCUCGGUCCCCGGGGCUCGCCGCGCCGGCACAGACAGAUAUUUUGUAUCCCUCUUCCCUGGCUGCUGUAAUCUUAAACCGCCAGGAGCCCGGGGCCUAUAUUUAUAGAGAAACGCGUGUCCCGGAGGCCGCGUGGGCACCGUUUGGUUGCCUCUUCAAGGAUUUUUAUAAUUUGGAGGGAAAUCCCCAUUUUAAUAAAUUUGUUUUUGAAAUUUGGAGCUUCAGACCAGAACAGCUGAAAAUUACAAACUCCCAGGGAGGGCCAUAUUGUUUUUGAGAGCCUUUUGUCUGCGGUCUUGCAGUCUCCAGCGAGCCGCCCCCGAACUGCUCGGUCCCCUCCUGUUUCUGAGCCUGCUCCAGCUCCUCAGCCUCACUCUGCCACCUGUGAGCCGCGCCGCGGCCCGGGCUGAGAGGAGAGCCCCUUUUUGUCCUGUGUGGUCCCUCUAAGAAGUCCUCCUGGCGGGGCUUGGGGUGGUGGGGGCUGGGGAGAUGAACGCUGCCGCCAGCAGCUACCCCAUGGCCUCCCUGUACGUGGGUGACCUGCACUCGGACGUCACCGAGGCCAUGCUCUAUGAAAAGUUCAGUCCUGCGGGGCCUGUACUGUCCAUCCGGGUCUGCCGCGAUAUGAUCACCCGCCGCUCCCUGGGUUAUGCCUACGUCAACUUCCAGCAGCCGGCUGACGCUGAGCGGGCCUUGGAUACCAUGAACUUUGAUGUGAUUAAGGGGAAACCAAUCCGCAUCAUGUGGUCUCAGAGGGAUCCCUCUUUGAGGAAAUCUGGUGUGGGAAACGUCUUCAUCAAGAACCUGGACAAAUCUAUAGAUAACAAGGCACUUUAUGAUACUUUUUCUGCUUUUGGAAACAUUCUCUCCUGCAAGGUGGUGUGUGAUGAGAACGGCUCUAAGGGUUAUGCCUUUGUUCACUUCGAGACCCAAGAGGCGGCAGACAAGGCCAUCGAGAAGAUGAACGGCAUGCUCCUCAAUGACCGCAAAGUGUUUGUGGGUAGAUUCAAGUCUCGAAAAGAGCGAGAAGCCGAGCUUGGAGCCAAAGCCAAGGAGUUCACCAAUGUGUAUAUCAAAAACUUUGGGGAAGAGAUGGAUGAUGAGAGCCUGAAAGAGCUGUUCAGCCAGUUUGGUAAGACCCUAAGUGUCAAGGUGAUGAGAGAUCCCAGUGGGAAAUCCAAAGGCUUUGGCUUUGUGAGUUACGAAAAACACGAAGAUGCCAAUAAGGCCGUGGAAGAGAUGAAUGGAAAAGAAAUCAGUGGGAAAGUCAUUUUUGUAGGCCGUGCACAGAAGAAAGUGGAACGGCAGGCUGAGUUAAAACGGAAAUUUGAACAGCUGAAACAAGAGAGAAUUAGUCGCUAUCAGGGGGUGAAUCUCUACAUUAAGAACCUGGAUGACACCAUUGAUGAUGAGAAGUUAAGGAAAGAGUUUUCUCCUUUCGGAUCUAUCACCAGUGCCAAGGUAAUGCUGGAGGAUGGGAGAAGCAAAGGGUUUGGCUUUGUCUGCUUCUCAUCUCCUGAAGAGGCAACCAAAGCUGUCACUGAGAUGAACGGACGCAUCGUGGGCUCCAAGCCACUGUAUGUCGCGCUGGCCCAAAGGAAGGAAGAGCGAAAGGCUCACCUGACCAACCAGUAUAUGCAGCGGGUGGCUGGAAUGAGAGCACUCCCUGCCAAUGCCAUCCUAAAUCAGUUCCAGCCUGCAGCUGGUGGCUACUUUGUGCCAGCAGUUCCACAGGCUCAGGGAAGACCUCCUUAUUACACACCUAACCAGUUAGCCCAGAUGAGACCUAAUCCACGCUGGCAGCAAGGUGGGAGACCUCAAGGCUUCCAGGGAAUGCCAAGUGCUAUACGCCAGGCUGGGCCUCGUCCAACUCUUCGCCAUCUGGCUCCAACUGGUAAUGCUCCGGCCUCUCGUGGCCUCCCUACUACUGCUCAGAGAGUCGGGUCUGAGUGCCCGGACCGCUUGGCUAUGGACUUUGGUGGGGCUGGUGCCGCCCAGCAAGGGCUGACUGACAGCUGCCAGUCUGGAGGUGUUCCCACAGCUGUGCAGAACUUAGCACCCCGUGCUGCUGUGGCUGCUGCUGCUCCGCGGGCUGUUGCACCUUACAAGUACGCCUCCAGUGUCCGCAGCCCUCAUCCUGCCAUACCGCCUCUGCAGGCAUCCCAGCCUGCAGUCCACGUGCAGGGGCAGGAGCCCCUGACUGCCUCCAUGCUGGCCGCAGCACCUCCCCAGGAACAGAAGCAGAUGCUGGGAGAACGUUUGUUCCCGCUCAUCCAAACCAUGCAUUCGAACCUGGCUGGCAAGAUCACAGGAAUGCUGCUGGAGAUCGACAACUCCGAGCUGCUGCACAUGCUGGAAUCCCCCGAGUCUCUCCGCUCCAAGGUGGAUGAAGCUGUGGCGGUACUGCAGGCUCAUCAUGCCAAGAAAGAAGCUGCCCAGAAGGUGGGCGCUGUUGCUGCUGCUACCUCUUAGACAAGGAAAUACUGAUUCAAAAGCCAAAUAACCCCUCAUGAAAUUCAGCUCAAGGUUUGAAGACUUCCUAGCUUGUCCUAUGGACCUCAACAUCAAGAACCACAAAUUGCAAAUUUAAUAGGUCAUUUUGUAUCAAAAGGUCAAUUAUGAAGCACCUAGAAUUUUUCAAUUAAAAGAAUAUAUUCUCUGGGUUCUGCUAUGGCCCAGACAGUGUUGACUUUUUUUUUUCUAUUGUGGGUUUUGAUUUUUUUUUCCCCCCCAGAAAUUGGUUUUAUUUGAUGUAUCCAAGUCUUAAGUUUCUCAAUAAAGGAAAAAAUCUCCAUAAAA